CCUUUCUGGCGCUGCCGUGUGAACAGCCUCAGUGACCUGUACGUUUGACAGCCUCAGUGACCUGUAUGAAGCGCUCUUCCUCCCGUGUAUCAAAGUCCAUUGCCUAGAGAGUGCGAGCGAGGUUGGACUGAGCCUUGGACGCAGCUUUGGGAAUAGUUUUGAAGGGGGAAACGAGAAGGUUGCGAAGACAAACACUCGCUGAAAGGUGGAGAGGACGUCAAGUCAAAACAGAUUUCUGAUCUUUUGAAGUUGACAGCACAAUUAAAGACGAUGAGCAUGCAAGAUGAUCUGUUCAAAGUGAUAGUCCCACCAGUGUCUGUCAAACCUUCUUCAAAGCUCUCAAUAGUGGGCGCUGGGGAAGUUGGCAUGGCAUGUGCUGUUAUCAUUGCACAGAAGAGUUUAGCCGACGAGUUGGUCCUUGUCGAUAGGCACGCGGACAGACUUAAGGGGGAAUCAAUGGAUUUGAUGCAUGGUAGUCUGUUUAUGAAAUGCAGAAUAAAAGCUGAUACAGAUUUUAAAGUUACGCAAGAUUCUAAAAUUUGCAUUAUCUGUGCUGGUGUGCGGAUGAAAGGACAAAAACCUGAUGCAAAUCAGCUAAAGGACAAUGUUGCUCUCUACAAGGAGAUAAUCCCUCAAUUGGCUAAGCACAGUCCAUCUGCCAUUUUGCUGAUCGUCUCUCAGCCAGUGGAUCCAUUGACCUAUGCUGCCUGGAAACUGAGUGGAUUUCCAAAGAAUCGUGUUAUUGGCGUUGGCACUAACUUGGACAAUGCAAGACUUCGGUUUUUACUUAGUGCAGAGUUGAAAAUUUUUCCAGCAAAUAUCCAUACCUCUAUUGUGGGUGAACAAGGAUAUGGAAGUGUUCCAGUUUGGAGUGGCACAAACGUGGCCGGUAUUAAGCUAAAGGAUGUGGCUGUCCACAUGUCAAAGAACCAUGGAGAUGCAUUUCAUAAAAAGGUCAUCGACAGUGGACAAGAAGUCAUCAGGCUGAAAGGAUGCAUUUCUUGGGCAAUGGGUCUUAGUGUGGCGAAUAUUGUGAAUGCGAUUGUGAAAAAUCUCAAGGCCAUCCAACUCGUGACCACAAAUGCAAAAAAUGAGCACGGCAUCAAAACCGACGUCUUCCUAAGUCUCCCCUGCAUUCUGGGUGCCACGGGAGUGUGCGGAAUCAUACGGCAGCAGCUCGACGAAGACGAGGCGAGACAGCUGAGAUGCGGAGUGGAAAAUCUCACAAAGGCUCAGUGCGAAAUUGGACUUUGAAGAAAAUGCCCAGUGCUGGUUCUCUUCACACUGUUUGACCAUUGUUAAAACAUAUUUGGUUGUCUUAUCAAAUAUGUACAUUAGUCACCUCGUUUGCUGGCUGGUAAUUACAUGAAAAUUAGAUUUCAUCUUAUAUAGAGUUAAAUGAAACCAAAUAACUGAUAAAAUGCAAAUCAAUAUCACAACUAUGUAAUGUGAACUUAUAGAUGGGAAAGGUUUUGAGGAAUAUGGGUCAAACAUGGACAGACGGGACCAGCUAAGAUGGGCAUCAUGGUUGGCAUUGACAAUUGGGUUGAAGGUCCUGUUUCUGUGUUGUAUGAUCAUCCAUGUUACAACUGAAAAAAGACACAAAGUGCUGGAGUAACUCAGCGGGUUAGGCGGCAUCUCUGGAGAACAUGGAUAGGUGGCCUUUCAGGUUUGAACCCUUCUUCAGACUGAUUGUUGGAGGGGGGAGGAAGCAGGAAGAGAGAACCUGCCAUUCUUUGUUCUUUGCAGGAGAAAGUGUGGCAGGUAGAAGGUGAAUACAGGCGUGAGAGGGGGGGUGGGGUUGAUCGGCAUAGUUGAAAAGAGAGAAGGUACGAGACAAAAGGAUUGAAGACUUACAAAGUGUGAAGCUAGAGGAAGGAAUGUACGGUGAAAUGGGAGGAGGAGGAGGGGAGAAACAGGUGCGAUUCCAGGGAGGAUACCUAUCUAUGUUUUCCACAGAUGCUGCCCGACCCACUGAGUUACUCCAGCACUCUUUUGUUUUGAAAACCUGCUCUACAAUCCUUUGUUUCUACAUGUUAAAACUGAAGCAUAGAGGAAGCCUAGGGAUUACUAGUAAAGAAAAACUAGGAAGCAAUGAAUAGAUAAAAGUUCAUUAACCUCUGGUAGAGACCUGCAGCUACACAAACAAUGAGUUAACCAUAAAUAAAUUAGAAAUGAGCAGUGUCAGAACUUGGUUACUAUAUACCAAAAUGUAUUAGAGAAUGAAUAGUCAGCCACUCAUUUCUGUCAAUGUAAUAGAAUACAAUUUUUAUUUUAAAUCUUUCAGAAUAAAAAUAUACUAAAC